GAGGAGGAGGAGGGGAAGAAAAGGCAGAAGGAGAUGCCCUGUGCGACCGCGAAAAGGCUGAAACGGGAGGCCAGGCCCUCGGAGGGGACAGAAAGGUCUCUGGGACAAGGCAGUAAGGAAGAGGGCAUGUUCCAGAUUGGGAAGACGCGUUACGUCAGAGUGUCCUGCUUCAAGGGGAAGGUCCUCGUGGAUAUCAGGGAGUUCUACGCUGACAAGGAGGGCAACUGGAAACCAGGCAGGAAAGGAAUUGCCCUGUCUGCAGAGCAGUGGAACCAGCUGAAGGAGAUCAUUCCCGAGAUCGAUGCUGCAGUCAAGAAAUUGUAA